AUGUCUCCUAUGGUAUCAUCACAGAAAUCCUCAAGCAAAGCGCACAUGUUAGGUACACCGGCGUCGAAGCGAAACUUCGCGCCCGACGCGUCCCUUGUCCUGGUAGGCAUUCGAGGCUCAGGAAAGAGAUCGCUGGGAUUCAUCGCGGCUGCGGCACUCAAUCGCCGGUUCAUUACUGAAGAUUACUACUUUAAAGAAGUCACCGGUCUGACUCGGCAUGAGUUUCUGCUCAAAUUCGGGAGCCAUGAAUUCCAGCGUCGCGAUGUCGAGGUCCUCAAGAUGAUGCUUGACAACCAUCGAAUGCAUUGCGUGAUUGAGUGCGGACUAGGUAGUUUGACGCGCAUUAUUCAGGAGUAUCUUCGUCGGUAUGCGCUCUCCAAUCCUGUGGUAUAUAUACUGCGGGAUAUGGAUCAGAUUCAAAGACUGCUACAAUUGCAGGACUCUUCAGCCAAGCGUCUGGGCAACGGGGAUCCGUACCAUCGAAGAUGUUCAAAUUUUGAGUAUUAUAACCUCGAAGAGCGGGUUCCGCUGGAAUUGUCUCUGGAAGAGGGGACCCCAGAUCGUCGGUCGGUGAAUUACUCGUUCAAGCUGAAGGAUGCCAAGGAGGAUUUUACGCAAUUCGUGCGAUUUAUCACGGGAGCUACGACCACAGAUCCCGGUUUGGAUUCUCCUUUUGUGUUGUUGGAGACGCCGCCGGAGCGACGAUCAUAUACGCAUGCUGUACUUCUUCGAUUCUCCGCGCUGCAUAACACUCUUGUCGAUCUUGAGAAAUUGGAGUCUGGCGGCGAUGCUAUUGAAUUGUGUAUUGAUAUGUGGAAUCCAGAUGCCGUGAGCGCUGUGGCCAAAAAUGUCUCUGUGCUUCGCAGAAUCGCAAAAUUGCCCAUCAUUUAUUCCAUCGACGCCGAAGCUUUAGGUAUUGAGACUCCCGUGUCGGACCCUGUUGCCCGGAAGAAUUCCGACUUGUACUUUCAGAUUUUGGAAUAUGGUCUUCGACUUGGGGUCGAGUACCUUAGCAUUCAUUUAGAACAAGACCAUACACGAUUGACCCAGAUUGUCCAGAGUAGAGGAACGACAAAGGUUAUUGGACAUUUCACCUUGCAAAACUCGUCUGGAAUUUCUUGGGACGAUGAGGCCUGUUUAUCAAUCUAUCUCGAGGCAGAAAGGCUAGGCUGCCAACUCGUCCGCAUUGUCCGGCCGGCCACAACAAGGGAGGAAAAUGACUCGGUGAGGAAGUUUGUCGAUCGUGUCAAGGCACUGUCAGGCACUCACCCACCGAUUAUCGCAUUCAACAUCGGACCUAUUGGACGGAGUUCUCAGGUCUUUAAUGCCAAUUUGACUUCUGUAACACAUCCUGCUAUACCACCUAGCACACGGAGGGGAAACGAUCCCCAAAUAACAUCACAGGAUGCCGUCCGCGCAUUGGUGCAGAGUUAUAUGCUCGAUCCAUUAAAAUUCUAUAUUCUCGGGGCUAGCGUGGCUUAUAGUAUCUCUCCUAUUAUGCACAAUGCUGCCUACGCUAGUUGUGGGUUAUCUCAUGUCUAUCGCAUACCAGAUGCACCUUCUCUAGCUCUCCUAGACGAAUGGCGGCACGAUCCUCAUUUUGGAGGAUCCAGUGUGGUCCAACCAUGGCGAGUCCAUGUUGCGGGCCAAUUGAAAUAUAAAAGCCGCCAUGCUGAGGCCAUUGGCGCAAUCAACACGAUAAUGCCUCUAAGGGCCAGUGCAGACGGAAACAUCUAUCCUCUUUCCGAACAAGCCAGUCGUCGCAACGAAGCAGGCCAUAUUGCGGCAUGGUGGGGAGAAAACACCGACUGGAUUAGUAUCAUGGUAUGCCUGCGACGGAAUCUAUCUCCUCGAAAUGCAAUCAGUCCUGUCCGGACUACGGGCCUGGUAAUCGGAGCAGGCGGCAUGGCUAGGGCGGCGAUUUAUGCCAUGCUGCAUCUCGGUUGUCGAAAGAUAUUCAUUCUCAAUCGGACCUUGUCCCGGGCGGAGGAGGUGGCGAGACACUUUAAUUCGUGGGCUUCGUCGUCACAUACGGAUUCUGAUGCUGUGAUUCGCGUGUUGCGUUCGGCGGAGGAACCGUGGCCUUCAGACCUAGCAUUUCCCUCGAUGAUUGUGUCGUGUGUACCGGAGAAUCGAGUACAGGAUCAACCACCUGCUAAUUUUGUCAUGCCACUACAGUGGCUAGGCAGUCCAUCCGGUGGUGUUGUUAUUGAGCUCGCGUAUAACUCUCUCGACACUCCCCUUGUCCGUCAACUCCGGCGCUACAGACAAGAAACCAACAUAUCAUGGGUUCUUAUCGAUGGUCUCGAAGUCGUUGCUGAACAAGGAUUCGCGCAGUGGGAACUCAUGACGGGACGCAAGGCGCCUCGACGAUUGAUGAUGACUGAAGUGCUGAAGCACUAUGUGGGAGAAAAUGGCCGGUUAGAUGAGAAGACUGUUCGGGCGCGAUUAGAUGCAUUUUCAGGGUAGAUCACCUCAUUACAUAGAUUUAUAUCCAUAACUUAUAGUU